UAGUAUAUAAAGCAGUGCCUUUGGAUAUUCAGUUAUUAGUAGCCCGCCAACUGGAGAACAGCGAAAACGUAGUGUGAUACCUGGAUAUACAUAUAUAUAACUCAUAUUUCAAACCGAAUCCAUAAUGAAGUGCUUCAUCUUGGCUGCCCUGUUGCUGGCCACCCUAGCCAGCGGCGAGAACAUCUUUAAGAUCAACAUAACUCCCGAGGAGGCCCAGCAGUUCCUGAACAGCGCCCAACUGCGUGGCAUUGGCGACAUCGAGUAUGCCCCGAAAACCGGAGAGAACCCCCUGCCCGAGGCUCGCAACGAGAAGGGUGAGUUCGUGUACAUGGGUCGUGUGAUCGAGCAUCCCGAGGACUAUGUGGAGGAGCACUACGACGCCCAUCAGUACCAUGGCCAGGAUGGUUUGGGUCAGUUUGUCUAUGGCUACAAGGACUGGAAUCAGGGCAAGAACGAGAAGCGCGAUGAGACUGGCAAGGUGACCGGUUCGUACAAGUACGUCCAACCACAUGGCCGUGACUUUGUGGCCAACUACUAUGCGGAUAAGACCGGUUUCCAUGUGGAGGACAACCGUCCGGCGCACCUUAAACUGCCCGCCACCAAAACUCCCGCUGUCCUCAAGGCCGAGGAGGAGCACUUCAAACUGUGGGGUGAGCUGGCCGCCGCCGCUGGUCACAAUCCCGAUCCCUAUGCCGCUGAGUACCAGCAGGAGGGUCGCUACCAGCCCACCGAGCCCGAGUACCAGCCCUACGUGCACGAGGAGCCGCCAUAUGUGCCCGGACCCGAGGAGACCGGCGAGCCCAAGGGCUUCUUCUACGCCUUCGACUACAAUGUCCCCUUGUUGCGCAACAAGGAGGAGCGUGCCGAGCUGGAACGCCUGCGCGCCGUCAACAACAAGGACGAGUAGGAACCAGAUCCUGGUCUAAGUCCAUCCUUACGGAUUAGGUAGAUCCAUGGUUCGCCUUGUAUAGGUCGUGCUGUAGAAAGUAGCUAAGACAUUUCCACAUAUUUAUUGAAAUCCUUCGCAAAAUAAAUCGCAACUUCAAAUACA